GAGAGACCAACACACACAUGUGUUUUAUACUGUGUUUGCAUACGACGACUUAAAUUGAUUUUAAAAACAUCUCGGGUUAUUCUAGCAGCCAGAAACAAUGUUGUGUGAAUAUAAGGACAAAAUCCAUCUCUGGAUGUUCAUACUAGUGCUGUUUCUUCAGCUGUUAUCCAGGACUGCAGCUCAGUCAUGUGCCAGAAGCUGUGGUCAGAAGUUUAACACAUGCUCCUGUCAUGCAACAUGUGAAUCUCUGAAGGAGUGUUGUGCAGAUUAUAAACAGUUUUGCUUUGACAUUGAACCACACUCUGGAUCUCUGCUGGGAGGCACAGACUUUAAAAUGCUCAACAUUACAUUUGAGCAGAACAUUAACCUCACUUGCAGGUUCAACUCUGAGAUUUUGACGGAGGGCUAUGUGGAUGAGAGCGGUGUGGGUCACUGUAUCUCUCCGCUGCUCUACGAGUCGGGCUGGGUCCCUUUGGAGGUGUCCACAGAUGGAGUCACCUAUGACAGAGCAGGGAGGUGGCUCUCAGUCCAUCACAGUAAACUGGGUCCUGCUCACAAGAUUAUUCUGGGCAAUGCCACACAGUGGCAGUACUACGGCACAACAGAUGUCAGAGGGGAUUUAAAGAUGAUAUGGAAACCAUCUCUAAUAAACGCAGAGAAAGUCAACAUCGAGCUGUGGGGUUACAAUGAGACCGGAGCGGCAUAUUCUGAUAACUGGGAGGCAGAGUGGAAGUAUCUGUACACUGUGGGCAGAGAUGUUCUCAACAGUGGAGUUUUCAGUUUCACCCCACAGAUCGCAGAGAAACCAUACUCCCUCUGGGACCUAGGGAGCAUGCGGGUCAGCCCCAGCUCUAAACAAGACGGAGCCCAAGAUGUUAACGCCCUGUGGAGUGAGGCGUAUGCGGUCGCCUGGCAUCUAGAGGAGGCGUUCAGGAAGGACUCUGCAGGCUGGGCCCUGGACAAGUGCAUCAAUUGGGAUAAAGAAGAGAAAGCAAUGCCCAACUUCCUUUCGGAGAUCACUGACUGCCCCUGCACGCUGGCUCAGGCUCGUGCUGACACCGGCAGAUUUCAUACUGAUUAUGGCUGUGAUAUCGAGGCAGGUAGUAUCUGCACUUACCAUCAAGGUGCAGUUCACUGCGUCAGAGCCAUACAGGGCAGUCCUGCGUAUGGUGCCGGUCAGCAGUGUUGCUAUGACAGCACUGGAGCGCAGAUGCUCACCGGGGACUCUAUUGGUGGCAGCACCCCUGAUCGAGGGCACGACUGGGGGGAGCCGCCGUACAAGAAACCUCCCAGAGUUCCAGCAUUCUCACACUGGAAGUAUGAUGUCAUCAGUUUUUACUACUGCUGCCUGUGGUCAGACAACUGCGAAUACUACUUCACCCACCGCCCGUCCAGUGACUGCAGAAAAUAUCGUCCUCCUAGAGCAGCUGCUGUCCUUGGUGACCCUCACUUCAUGACAUUCGAUGGCGUGACUUUCACCUUCAAUGGGAAAGGAGAGUACAAUCUGGUUCACUCUCCAGCCUAUGAGCUGUCUGUGCAAGGCAGGACUGAACCAAUGAAAUUAGAGAAUGGUUCUGUGGUUAUGGCAACCCGACUCUGUUCAGUGGCCAUGAGGGAGAAAGACUCUGAUGUCAUCGAGGUGCGUCUCGGAGAGCAAGAAGAUGAGCUCCAGGUCUUAAUGAACCAACAGGUGCUUUCCUUUUCAGAGCAAAUAUGGAUCGACCUUAAGGGUGUUUUUGUUUUUUCCCCUAAACCCACUAAUGUGACGGUGAUGUUUCCAUCGGGGACAGGAGUAGAGGUCAGAGCAGGUGAAGGGGUCAUGACCCUUACUGUUCUACUGCCCCAUGUCUUACACAACCACACGCAGGGUCUCCUCGGUACAAUGAACGACGACCCUGAGGAUGAAUUCACCUCUAGUAAUGGCCUGAUCAUCCCUUCCAAUAGCAGUGCACAGGACAUAUUCACAUAUUGUGCUGGCUGGGCCAUUACGAAUGAGACUUCACUGUUUACUUACGACUCAACCUACCUCCUGAAUGAAUAUUAUUAUGCCCCAAAGCACGAUCCGUCAUUCAUCCCUAACUUUUCCAUGACUGAAGACCUCGAGGAUCCCCUGCUGGAGCCAACGCUGAACCUAUGUGCAGGAGAGGGGGCUUCCUUCUGUAAAUAUGAUGCACUAAGCAUGCGCAGUCUGCAACAAGGCAAUGCCACUCUACUGUCCUACCGGAGUCAUACAUCCACCAAGAAAGCUCUGGAACCAGUGCAAUCCUGUGGUUGGCUGUCACCACCUAACCACGGUCAGAAGGAAGGAACCUUGUACCUGGAGCGGGCAACGGUCACGUUCUCAUGUAACAAUGGAUACCGUCUCUAUGGGUCCCAGGAGCGCACCUGUCAAGGGGACCGCAUGUGGUCUGGACAAGAUGCGCACUGUGUGGCUGAUAAUACAUUGGCCAUUGUCCUGGGGAGUGUUGGUGCGGUGUUGGCGGUGGUUGUCAUGGUGAUAGCAAUUGUUGUGUACACGAAGAAACAGAAGAAAGAGGCGAUGAAACAACAGGGCGACAGGGUGAAUUAUCAGCCGCAUGCAUCACAUCUGUGAUGUUCAUCAAGUGUACAUCCUUAAACAUUUGUAAAAAGAUUCUAUUUUCAGUAUUAGAUUAUGUAUAAAACGUAUGUUUCUAAUUUAAUAUUCUGUUUUAACAAGAAUUUUUGGCCAUGGAUUGUAGAUUAGUUUCUUUCUUGACUGAUAUGUCUGCAAACAUUGUAAAAAAUCGGAUUAUCUGAUCAGUGUAAUGUCCUCCUAUCCAUCUGGUCUGUAGUGUUGACUUGUACCUCUGUUUGAUGCCUUUAAGUUAUCUCUAGAAUUGUGU